CAAAGGCAACUCCACAUCAACGCUUAUAUUUUUUGAAUGAGAUCUCAAUCCUUGACAUUAUGCAAAAUCUGACUGACCUCACGGGCAAUGCCACAUCUAGCAAAAACACUUCGAUGAUCCUCAAGGUGUGCGUGGUGAUCCCUCUCUUCUGUGUCUUCCUCUAUUUCAUCCUGCUGAUGCUGCACACCUUUGCUUCACAUCGGCAAUUCUUAGAAAGCUCACGCUACAUCCUAUUCGCUUACAUGCUAAUCAACGACACUCUGCAGCUGUUCACCUCUGUCCUGCUCUUCCUUUUUGUCAUGGGUAACGUCAACUUCGCUAUUGUUUACUGUGUACCUCUGCUUUUUAUUUCCACCACCACCUUCCAAAACGGCCCACUCAUCCUGGCUGCCAUGUCCCUGGAACGCUAUGUGGCCAUCUUCUACCCCCUUCAUCGCCCUGCUUCAUGGAGACCGGAGAAGAUUUGGGUCAUUGCUUUGGCCCUCUGGAUCAUCAGCUGUGUUCCUCCCACGGUGGACUUCAUUCUGAUGAAGCCAAAACCAGACGUGAACGUCCUCACCUCACCGGUAGUCUGCAAAACUCAGGUUCUGAAUUCCCUGCCCAUCCAGACUUUCAUUAAAGUGGUUGUUAAUGCUAUGUUCUUUGCUGUAGUGGCUGUGAUAAUUUUUUUCACCUACAUUCGUAUCCUGCUAGAGACGAGAAAGAUGCGUCACGACCGGGCCUCUGUGACUAAAGCCCUGCACACUGUAGUGUUGCAUGGUUUUCAGCUGAUUUUAAGCCUGAUGGUCUUUACAUUUCCUAUCACUGAGGCCCUGAUUGUGGUGCACAUCAGCUGGAUGCAGGAGCAUAUUAGCUUUUUUAACUACUUCUGCUUCGUACUGCUGCCACGCUUCCUCAGCCCGCUUAUAUACGGCCUCCGGGACGAGAGCCUUAGAACCUACUUAAAACGAGGUAUGCCUUGCUGCAGGGCUGUUGUUUGGCCACAUAAAGCAGUCAAACCACAGAAAUGAACGGAUGUCGAUCAGGAUGUCCUUGUUUCCUGAAGAUGAAAAUAUGUUGCAUUUUAAAUGUUUCUGUCGCAGCAAUUGAGUGUGAAUGUUGAUUUAU